UAUUUAAUGGAGUAAUAUCUUGUUCAUGUACUUCAAGGACUUCAGAUUGAAUAGGAAUUGGACUAAAGAGAGCUCAUGAACAGUGGGAUCGUGUUGAGACACUGGUUGAGCAGCAGCCUGUCUGUCUGUCAGAGGUGGGCGGGCUGAAACACAGCUGACAUCUCCACACCACAGAGCACAGAGCCGACUGGUGCAGAAGGACGCAGCAUGUCAAGUGGGCAGGUAACGGUUAACUCCUCCACAAGUGGGACAAAUAUGUCCAACUAAACAGAGUUUUUUGGGUAAAGAAAGCUGGAUUUCCUGAGGACAUUCAAACUGCAUUAACGGGAUCGCUUCUUGGCAGCAAAAGAGGAGAAAUGAAAAGUAUGUAGGAGCUGUGCGUAAAGAAUCCACCAGAUUCCAGCGAGGGCUCGAUCGUCAUCAGAGGGAGGAUUGUGCCAAAGUGCGACUUGAGGAGCAGCUUAUUCAUGCAAAUUUUAUAAAAUCAUAGGCGUGCCUUUGGGCGAUGGAGUCACAGCCGGAAAAGCAAACCCCCUCCUGGAUCACCAGCAACCUUCAAACACUGUGAUGCGCAGCGAGCGGACUCAUUGACAGCAGCACUGGACCGGGGUGGAUGUUUGAAGAGCGACGAGAAGAAGAGAAGAGAAAGUUAAGAGCUCAGAGGAAGAGAAGAGAAAGUUAGGUCCUGUUUUCUAGACGCUUCUUCACUGGCUGCACUUCUUCCUCAACUACUCCACUGCUGCGCCACUGGAUCUCCAACCACAGGCUUAUUGCGCAAACUGUAACGCACUGUCACUAUUUGCCUUUGGGUAUUUUAAUAUUUUUUUAGUCUAUUUCUAAAUGUUUACAGUCAUCUCGGACGACUUCAGAUCCUAAGAAUACUGCUGCGGAUGAAGUUACAGUCACCCAGAAUUUGUGCGUAAAUUACGCAAUUUGUUCCUAUUUUGAGAAAACUAUUUAAUUUUUUUUUUUAUUAUUUUAUUUCAAUCGCUGAGGACUUUUCCAUCCGUCACCAUGUCAGAGGACGACAGUAGCUCCACCAGCAGCGGUGUGUCCGACACCGAAGGCAGCAACACAAGCGUUCUGACCUGGGAUCAGGUGCAGCGUCUGGACGCCAUCCUCACGGAGACCAUCCCGAUCCACGGCCGGGGCAACUUCCCCACGCUGCAGAUGCAGCCGCGGCAGAUCGUUAAAGUGGUGCGCAGUCGGAUGGAGGAGAAACACAUCCACGUCCGGGACGUCCGGUUAAACGGCUCCGCGGCCAGCCACAUCCUGCACGGAGACAGCGGACUGGGCUAUAAGGACCUCGACCUCAUAUUUUGCGCAGAUAUGAAAGGUGAAAGUGAUUUCCAGACUGUGAAGGACAUAGUUUUGGACUGUCUCCUGGAUUUUUUACCCGACUGUGUGAAUAAAGAGAAAAUAAGCCCGUUAACGUUAAAGGAAGCCUAUGUGCAGAAGAUGGUGAAGGUGUGUAAUGACUCGGACCGCUGGAGUCUCAUCUCCCUCUCCAACAACCGGGGAAAGAACGUGGAGCUGAAGUUUGUGGACUCUCUCCGGCGGCAGUUUGAGUUCAGCGUGGACUCCUUUCAGAUCAAGCUGGACUCCCUGCUGCUGUUCUACGAGUGCUCGGAGAACCCCAUGGCCGAGACCUUCCACCCCACCAUCGUGGGCGAGAGCGUGUACGGGGACUUCAGCGAGGCUCUGGACCACCUACGUCACAAGUACAUCUGCACCCGGAACCCAGAAGAGAUCCGGGGCGGGGGUCUGCUGAAGUACUGUCACCUGCUGGUGAGGGGGUUCCGGGCCGCCUCUGAGACCGAGAUGAAGUCCCUGCAGCGCUACAUGUGCUCCCGCUUCUUCAUCGACUUCUCUGACAUCGGUGAACAGCAGCGCAAGCUGGAGUCCUACCUUCAGAACCACUUUGUGGGCCUGGAGGACCGCAAGUACGACUACCUGAUGACCCUCCACGGAGUGGUCAACGAGAGCACGGUGUGCCUGAUGGGACACGAGAGGCGGCAGACCCUCGGGCUCAUAGCCAUGCUGGCGGUACGCGUUCUCGCAGAGCAGAAUGUCAUCCCCAACGUGGCCAACGUCACAUGUUACUACCAACCUGCUCCUUAUGUGGCAGAUGGCAACUUCAGUAACUACUACAUAGCGCAGGUUCAGCCGAUGUUUGCUUGCCAGCAGCCUACGUACUCCACCUGGCUGCCCUGUAACUGAGUCAGCCCAGAGGAAAGGUGGAGGGAGAGAGUCUGAUUUUUGUUUAAACAGGAGAGAGCAGCAGCAUAGACGCCGACUCAAACCUGCCCAGUGUUUGACAGCUGGCGGCAAAAGGAGUCUUCUCUUUAAUGUUUUGCAUCAAAGCUUGUGUUUUCUGUUCAUACGCUGAGUAUGAACAAUUGGCUUUCACUCUUCGAGUUUGUGUUUAAAUGUGAAUAUCUCACAUUUCUUGAAAUGCCAACUGACCUGCAACCAGGUUUGGGAAAGACUAAUUUGGGUAGCUUUGAAAUAAAGGCCGAAUGCAAGUGUGUGACGGCCUCGGACGCAAGCAGCAGAACUGUCAUCGAAUCUGUGCGAGACUGAUUGAAUCCGUCAAGAACUGAUUAGCCAGCACAGUCCAAACAGCUGCAUCAGUGCCCUGAAGUUGACAGCUGCUCCACACACACACACACACACACACACACGCACACACACACGCACACACACUCACACACACUCAAGGUGAAAUCAGAGGUGUGUGCAGCACCCUAGACUCUGUUUUACGUCAGCUUAACUGAGGUGAGAUGCUGCUAAACUAGUUUGGAUAACAAACUGGCGUCUCCGCCUUGCAUUUGGAUAUAAUUAUGGUUGUUUACAGACCAAAGAUUUUUCUUGAUUGUUUCUAACAUUAAAACCCUAUUUUGAUGGGGGAAAAAUAAAUAAAAUAUGAAGCUGUGUCUAUUUGUAUAUGUGAACAUUUGUGUGUUUUAAAAGUGCCUAUAAAAGAAUGAGCAGGCCAUAUGAUUUUUUUGUGAAUUAGCCCCACUCUGUUUAUAUGAUAGCCAGGCACACAAGACCAUAGCACCCCAGAGGCUUGUGAAUGUAUAUGUGACAUCAUGCAGUCGGUGUUUGUUUAUAUUUGGACGACAAAUAGCAGCGCGCGUUAAUGUUUUCGUGCGGGUAUUUGGAAACCAAACAUGCUGUAUUGCAUGUCCCAAAUUAACAUAUUGCAUAUUUGUUAUGAGAAAGAAUGACGUGCAUUUUCAGAUCAUCAGCAACAAAGAAAACGUUCACUCACACGCACACACACAAUUUCCUGUAUAUUUUGUACAGUGGUGCUUCAAAAACAAAAGUUCACAAGAAGAAGAUGAGAGACAAACAGAGAGAGAGAGAGAGAGAGAGAGAGAGAGAGAGAGAGAGAGAGAGAGAGGAAAGAGUGCAUUCAGAGAGCUGGUGUCUGUUCCCCAUGCUUCCGCCUACAAGUUGAAGGAUAUUUGCAGAGACACCUCGAAUGACGAGACACUAUUUGCUGUAGCACCCUGGCAGGGAAUUCCUCAGCUGCUGCUGAAGAGCUUGAACUUAGCUGGGUUGGGUCUGCAGGCGCUCCGUUCAGGGUUCACAUGAUGUUGUGCCAAACGUUUCAUUGGCCCCGCUGAUAGCCCUGAAGUUUAAAGGGGCCGUGUGUUGAUAUAGAAAAAGAUGCUGUGUUGAUGUAGAAGACGGGGAAAUAGACGAUAGAUGAGGUGGAAAAGGGAGAGAAAGGAAAACGUAGCAGGAGGGAGAGUGAGUCGGUCUGGAGAGAUGGGUGCAGCUGGUGAUGGGGUUUAUCUCUCUAGGGCUACCACGCGUUACUGUACAAACUGUCUCUGUUGAGGUCACACUAUGGACAGCGCUAAAGGGACACCAAAACAUUAUGAAAUCAGCAUUCGCUCUCUUUUUUAAUCAUGUGAUUGUUGUUUAAAAAAAAGAGUUGAAACUGAAGAAAAUCACAUGCAUUCACACCAGCGUCAGGAGACUUUAAGUUGCAACCCAUUUGUGAGGUUGCUUUAUUAAUGUUUUUUUUUUAUGCUUCAUUCCACUUCAUUUUAAAGAACUGUGUAUAUAUAUGAUUACAUGCUUCAGCUUUGCCAACUCACUUACUCCUUGCAAACUAUACUUCAGCCUUUCCGGAUGGCAGAUAGACAAAAUAGCAUCAAAAGGUACGUUAGGCCCAGAAGACCAGCAUCAACUCAAUACUGCGUUGAAAAGAGCUUUUUUUCUUAUCCUCUGACUCGCCUGAUUCUGAUAAUCCACAACUGCUCUGCUCAGUUGUUGUAUCUUCUCAGUGACUGUCCACGUCGACAGUGUCCUCUGGAUUGUGUGAGGCGAUGUAUUGUCAUUUUAUACUCAGUGAAGUCCCAAUAGUUGACUAGCUAGCUAGCUAGCUCCAGUCUGCCUGUCAGUUAGUGAUCGUGCCUGUCAGUUAGAGAUCGUGGGUUACUGCAUUGUCUCGUAUGCGUCGUCUCAAAUAUCCGUUUCUGUUCAUGCAGUGUUUUACAAAUCACACUUUGGAAAAGACAGAAAAAGAGAUCUUUUGUCUUGUAUGUAUAUUUUUUAUGAUUGUUAUUUUUAUAAAUGUACCAGACACUGCAGGGUGUUGCAGUGCUUUUGAAUCUGUGAUCGGGCUUCAAAGGAUAUGUUCUCAAUAGCUUUUUUUGCUAUGUUAUGUUAUGUGUCCAAUGGGUCAAAAGGUUAAAGAUGUUUUCGUCAAUAAAAUAUCUGAAAACCA